AUGGACAAGGAACCAUCCGCUUGCGAAAGGGUAUGGACGAUACCGACACUGCACGAUACGAUCAUCUCCUUGGUCCCUCCCGGAUGUAUACCAAAUUUGGCUUUGGUCAACAAGGCAUUCUUCGAGCCUGUCAUCAGACAUAAAUAUAAAUCGUGUGUCCAACAUGAUCACGAGAGAGUGAUGAAGCAAUGUAAAGCCAAAGAAAGGAAGCUUCUGUAUCGUAACUCGAUCAAGGUUCUUCGACUUGAAAAGUCCAAAUUGGCCUCUCAUCCAGCCAAAUGGGCGAGACUAUUCGACUCACUUCCUAAUCUCAGAAGAGUAACUUAUAAGGAUACCGUGCUUUCGAAAUCGAACGACCAGGAAGAUGGGAAUGAUGGGAAAACAAAGUUUACGUAUAGGUAUACUUUCUCGGAGACUUUACCUGUGGCGACGAAUUCGCCCAUCAAGAGAAGAAGGGGUAUUCCCAGCUCUUACGCCCAAGAAAUGAUAUAUAACUUGAUCGUCCUAUCGGAUCCUAUGCUUUUCCAUCGUAUGGAGGAAUAUUCACAAUUGGUUACCAAACAGAGAUUACUCGAACGAAUUAGAUUUAUCUCAGCUUCACCUCGUUGUCUGACCAUUUGUAUCCCAUUUAGUAGUCUCCACUUGUUAGACAUUUACAAAAAGCUGAUUAGCGAAGGGUACUCUGCUCCCAAUUGGCUCACCCUUUCGGAUUGCGAUCGACAUCUACCUGACCUGAUAAAUCUCAUAGGUGAAGAAACGAGGAUCUUAUCGACCAGCUCAUGCACAUAUAAAAGAACUCAACUCACAUUCGAAGAAUUCUAUAACCAAGUCGACUGGAACGGUCUGAAAAACCUCGAUGUUUUAAGCAUUAUAUGCAGGAGAGAACCAAUCUCCGAAGAUGUUCUCCAACAACAACAGAAACGAGAGGACGACACUUCCAAUCACGUUAUCAACACUGAUCAAAGAGCAAAAGAGCACUCGGCUCACGUUGGGGUUCGGAAAGAUAUUAACAGACUUGACAAGUUGAAUCGUCUGUCCUUAGGACUGCUGUACCCACCCGAGACCAUUCAAUCACCGAUACAGUUGGAGAACGAAAAGCAGUAUAUAAGUCAAAUCGCAAGUAUGGUCUAUUCGUUAGUUGGGUGGAAAAUCCUAAGAAGACUCGACAAGGAUAAUAAAAUGCUUACUUUAGAGGUAACCUAUUCAAGACACGAUGAUCCCUUCUUAGGAUAUCCCAAGACGGCAGAAUUCAACGAUGAUCUCAACAAGGCUUUCUUGGAAGGAAUAAAAGAGAAUCUGGAAGAGGAAAUCCAAAAGAUGGAGGGAAGUGGGACUGGGAGUGCUUGA